GGUUUGGUGAAGCCUAAUGAACCAUCUGAACCGACACCGAUGAGGACGAGUCACUGAGCCUGGCUGCUAUAGAUAAGACUUGUAUAUGCCACCAACACACAUGACUGCUCCGUUAAGGUCUUCUCUCGCGUUUAUCUGAAGCGUUGAACACGGUUUAAUCUUUAGGAAGGAGAAUAUUUCGUGGAGGUAUUCAUGCUGUCGACAGUCACCCCUGACCUGUCUCCGGAGAGCCCCCUACUUGGCACCCUCCCGCUCCAGCCAGCUCGCUCACGUACUAGCGCCCCCAGCACCAGCCCUCUUUCCCCUGCCGAGCCGUCUGCGCGGCUCCACCAUAAGCGCAGCGGCGAGGCCGGAAGUGGAAGUGCUAGCCCGCCCACUCGUGGCGCCAUGGAGGUGGGCAUGCGUGUGGUGCGUGGCAUUGACUGGAAGUGGGGCAACCAGGAUGAUGGAGAGGGCCAUGUAGGCACAGUGGUGGAGGUGGGUCGCCAGGGCAGCACCAGUACACCUGACAAGACGGUGGUGGUGCAGUGGGACAGUGGUACUCGUACCAACUAUCGCACUGGCUAUCAGGGUGCAUUCGAUCUGCUGCUUUAUGACAAUGCGCAAAUAGGUGUUCGACACUCAAACAUUAUAUGUGACAGCUGUAAGAAGCAUGGUAUUAUGGGAAUGCGAUGGAAGUGCAAGGUGUGCUUUGACUACGACUUGUGCACACAAUGCUACAUGAAUAACAAACAUGACCUCUCGCACGCCUUUGAACGCUAUGAGACUGCUCACUCGCAGCCAGUAAGCUUGACACCGAGGCAGAAUCUGUCGCGGAUCAUCCUUAAGGGAAUCUUUCAGGGCGUGAAGGUUGUACGUGGACCUGACUGGGAUUGGGGAAACCAAGACGGAGGAGAGGGGAAAAUUGGGAAGGUGGUUGAUAUCCGUGGCUGGGAUCAAGAAUCAGGACGUAGUGUGGCCAGUGUCACCUGGUCCAGUGGCACGACCAACGUCUAUAGGAUGGGUCAUAAGGGCAAGGUGGACCUCAAAUAUGUCUGUGAUGGCCAAGGAGGCUACUACUACAAGGAGCACCUGCCUAAGCUAGGUGAACAUGCAGAGCUGCAGCGACAGGAGAGCUCAGACGGUCACACGUUCCAACAGGGCGAUAAGGUAAAAUGUCUGCUGGAGGUGGACAUCCUCAGGCAGAUGCAGGAGGGCCACGGAGGCUGGAAUCCUAAAAUGGCCGAGUACAUCUGCAGAAUCGGGACAGUGCAUAGGAUAACAGAUCGAGGGGAUGUCAGAGUGCAGUACAGCAACAAUAUACGCUGGACCUUUCAUCCAGGCGCCCUGACUAAGGUGAAUAUGUUUGCAGUAGGCGAAUUUGUGAAGGUACUGGAAGACAUGGAGACUGUGAAAAGAUUACAAGCUGGGCAUGGAGAGUGGACGGACAGCAUGUCACCUGCUUUGGGCCAAGUUGGCAAGGUUUUGAAAGUGUAUGCGGAUGGCGACCUACGUGUGGCAUUUGGAGGACAGACGUGGACCUUUAACCCAGCCUGUCUUUCGGCCCAGCCCGGUGAGGUGGAUGCCAAUCUGAUGACUGCUGAGAAUCCCAAUGAAUCAGGAUCUAUGGUUAUUUCAGUCCUGGAGAAGCUGCUGUCUCAGUCCACAGAGCAGGACAAUCCAGGGCGCCUAGUCAUUGAGGCUGCACAUGGCAGUGUUGCUAAGGUCCGCGAACUAGUUCAGAAACAUCCAGAUAAGGUGGAUAUAAAGAACCAGGGAAAGACAGCGCUUCAGGUGGCUGCUCACCAAGGUCAUGUGGAAGUUGUGAAUGUCCUGUUACAAGCCAACAGCAGCAUUGAGACCAAGGACGAGGAUGGAGACGCAGCACUGCACUACACAGCAUUUGGAAACCAAGCAGAAAUAGCUCGUCUGCUUCUUAGCAAAGGGGCCAAUGUCAACCUGCUGAACAACUCUAUGUGCACGGCACUUCACAUUGCUGUCAACAAGGGCUUUACAGACGUCGUAAGAGUGCUGAUGGAGCAUUCAGCUGAUGUCAACCUACAGGAUUCAUACGGGGACACACCGCUGCAUGACGCAAUUGCUAAGGACUUGAGGAGUAUCAUUGAGAUCCUGACCGUGGUGCCCAACAUUGACUUUACACAGCAGAACAACCGUGGCUUCAACCUUCUACACCAUGCUGCUCUUAAAGGCAACAAACUUGCAAGCGAGAUGAUCCUGGCUUGUGCCCGGCAGCUGGUUGAUGUAAAAAAAGAGGAUGGCUUCUCUGCUCUUCACCUGACCGCCCUAAACAAUCACCAUGCUGUUGCUGAGAUCCUUAUCAAAGAGGGUCGCUGUGACAUCAACAUCCGCAAUAAUCGUGGCCAGACACCUUUGCAGCUGGCAGUGACUCAAGGCCAUGUGCAGCUGGUGGAACUGCUGGUGGUAGAGGGAGCCAACGUGAACGCGGAAGAUGAAGAAGGAGACACUGCUAUGCACACGGCCCUCAGCCGCCAACAACUCGCCACAACUCUCAGCGGCACCGAAAGAGACGCCUCAAAACUCUACAGCAGACUAAACAACUCAGGGCUAUUGGGAAACACAGAGUUGAAUGUGGGGGCUGCUAUUGCCUGUUUUUUGGCUCAAGAGGGUGCUGACAUCAACUACGCCAACCAUAAAGGCAAGAGUCCACUUGACUUUGUGACAGACAGCACAGUGUUGCAACUUAUCCGGAGCUUUUCUGAAAAGUACAGACUCCAGCAGCUGCAGGCAGGUACAUGUGGAACAGGAAACAGUGGAAGCAGUAGCAGCAGUCUUAGACGGGUACACACCACACCCAACACUAUGACCAACCUGGCCAUGCCUAGCACACCAGGGCCUAGUGAGUGCCUCAUCUGCUCUGAGCUUGCCCUGCUCGUGCUCUUCGCACCAUGCCAGCACAGUGUCGCCUGUGAAGAAUGUGCUCACAGAAUGAAGAAAUGCAUCAAAUGCCAAGUCACAAUCACCAAGAAAAUUAGACAAGACCAAACAGAGGUUGACAGCAGUCCAAACUCAGAAAGUUCAGAGCAGCACCACUUGUUGGAGCAGCUGCAGUCGCGCUACAGGCAGAUGGAGGAGCGCAUUACUUGCCCUAUCUGCAUCGACAACCAAAUCAAGCUUGUGUUCCAGUGCGGUCACGCCUCUUGCAUGGAAUGCAGCUCUGCCCUCAAGACCUGUCCCAUUUGUCGCCAGAGCAUCCGUGAGAGGAUCCAACUCUUUGUCUGACACGUUCACAUUUACACUCAGGAGCGGUGGGUGAUUGGGCCGUGUUUUGCCAAGGCUGUCAAUAUUCACUGUAAGAUUGGGAAUGUGGAGAGUGCUGUAAUUCAAAAAUAGCCAAUCAUCAGCCACAUUCAGUCAUGCUGAGGAAAGAUAGUACAAAACAGUCAUCAGUCUGGUCCCAUUAAAUGUUGACAGUUAAAAGACAUCACCCUUAAAAUCACAGCUUCUCAACCACAAAAUCGUUUAUUUUCCCGGCGUCUUUUCUUUCCUCAAACACAACUUAUUGUUGCUUUCUGUAAGACUUGCACUUGGCCCUUAAAUUGAAUGUCAUGACUUACAGUGGGUCUGUGAUGCAUACAAAGUUGUUUAAUUUUUGAGUGAAAAGUUACAUUAACAGACAGAUUUUGUUAAAAGCUGCAUUGAGUAGAGUUUUGUUCUAUAUUUUGUUUUUCAAUCUAGUGCUUUGUUACCUAGUACAACCUUAGUACCAGAAAAGUUGGGGCAGUAGGUUAAAUGCAAAAAAAAGAAAGUUAUAUGUUUAAUACAUUUUCUUUGAUCUGUAUUUAAAAGACAAUUCAUGUUUAUUUUCCAGUUUCUUUGUUUUUGUAACUAUAUGCUCAUUCUGAAACUGAUGACUGAUGCAACACGUUCCAAAAAAGUUGAUAUAGGGACACUUUAAGAAAGAUGUUUUUAAGGGUUUACAAGAAUUACAGCUAUAUGUGGUGGAUUGAAGUGGGUUAAUUUUCAAUUUAAGUCUUACAGACGGCAGUGUUAAGUGUUUCAUGAUCCCACUGUGAUAUAUAACAUCACUGCCUGAUAAGCAGUAGUGUCAUAUAACUCCUCUAUCCCAUGUCAACCUAAAAGCUUUCCACAAGCAGGGGAUAUACAGUGCAUGCUGAUAUGCAUAUUAUCUAGUUUAUAUAUUGUGAUAUGGUUUACAUUUGUGGUGUUAAUGCAAUCUGUUUUUAUUUAUGCCUUCAAUGCAGCCUGGGGCAUCAAGGUCACAAAUAAAACGGGCUGAAAACCGAAGCUACAUGUUAAUUUAUUUGUUUGUUCAAUUUGUUUGUUCAUUUAUAUAAAGAGGAGGUCAUUUUACAAAAAAUAAUUAACAUAAGACAUUAUAUUGGUUAAAUGUGAGGCAUUUAUGUUUAUUCCAUCUUUUAGAAUUCUCUCUCACACAUUAACUUGUCAUAGAAAGUCAUGUGUUUGCAUUGAAAAUUUAAAUCUGAAUUUUGUGAUGUAGAUAAUAAAUAAAGAUCGCACAUGAAUCCUAGAUCUGAUGCUAGAUCUAAAUACUUUAAUCUCUGCUCUGGGGCUUUUCUGUAGUUGUUUUUUUCUACCCUAAAUAUACCAUUCAAAUUUUUUAAUGGCAAAAAACAGUGAUUUUAAAGGACUGCUUUAAAUAACAUUUGUGGUUGAAGACCAUUGCUUCUUUCUCAUGCAUUGUGGUAAAGAACUGUCCUGUGCUCUCACUUUUACUAAACAGGGCAAACCACUAUAAGCCUUCUUGCUUGGCUAACAGUUUAUUUAUUUUUCCAACAAACUUUGCAUAAAAAUGAUAAAUGUGUAUGUAUUUGACAAGAAUCAUCCUAGUAUUGUCAACCACCAAAAAUCCUGUACAGUUGUGUUUUGUUCCAAAAGGGCUUACUGUAUGCAUCAAAGAACAUUUGACUAUUUUAUUAUAUUUUGUCUUUACCAGUCUGUAUGGAAAAGGAUAUUUGAAUGUCAUUACUGGGAUUCUGCUGCAUCACAGCUUGAGCACAGUAGAAAAGUAAGACCAAUGUCAGUGCCAAACUUAAGCAUUACAAAUAUUUGUACAUAGUAUUUAGUUUAUUUGUUUUCACUGAAAGAUUAGCCAUGCUAAAAUUACUUUUCACUAACUUACUUUUUAGAAUUAUUUUUUUUCCCUUUUACUUCUAAAAUGUAUGAAGCCCAUCAUCGGGGCAAGAAGAAUAAGAUUUGUACCUUUACACCAAAUUGUACCUGUACUUUUUUCAAUUACUUCCACAUUUUGUUCUAUUCCCAUAGAUUUGCAAACUACCCUCAUGUUAACAAUAUGUACCCAAAGUGUACCUCUUUCUAUACUCACAGUCUAUGCUCAUGAAUUUGCAAACUGUUAGCUACUGACUUUGCACACUGUUUGAAAAUCUCUACCUGCUGAUUUGCUGGCAGUACCCUAAUUAAAAAAACAACAACAAAGUCUCUGCCGUUACUUCAAAAAAUGAACACAUUAUUAAAGAAGUUUAAGCAACAAGUGCUUACAUUUUGGAGUUUUGUGCUACUUAUGAAGGCAAAACACCUUAUAUUUGGUUUGCAGUAACGAAGCAAGAAGAAUUACUUAUUCAGUUCUGUAGCUUACUCUCAAAAACAAUAUUACUAUUAUUACUACUGCUGCUAUGCACAGUUUAUUAACAAUUUAUAAAUAGCAAAUUCAGUCACUGGUGGUACAGUCUGCAGAUCUGUGGGUACAGAUUGUUAGAACAACUUUUGUACAGACUACUUUCUAUUAAAGUGCAUAAGAAGGGCACAUUUGGAAACAUCAAGCCUUUCAUCCAUUGCUCUUUUUACAUGAGAAAAAAAUGUGGUGCUUGCUUAAAGAUCACUGUAAAUGCCACUUAGACUACGAGGUGUUAAGGAUCAAACCUUUUUCUUUUGAAGCUUGCCAGAUGUUGUGAAUGCAGGAAUAAUGUAAUUCCUUGUGAUUUAUGUGUUGUGUGUUCCAAACCAUAUGAAUGUCUUGGAGAAAGGGCCCAUGAUUUCAAAGGGGUGGUUGUUAAAUACAUUUUUCUUUUUGUCCUGUUCAUGUCUUGUUUGUAACUGCAUUACAUGCAGUAGUGUAUGUAAAAGUGGUCUCUAGUUUGCAGAAAUGGGCCUAUUGGCUUAAAAUGGCAAUGCAGAAAUGGCAGUAACUUCACCUAAUAUGUGAAAUGCUAUAGAAACCCUAUAGUAGAUUUGUUCAUAUAUUUAAUUGGCAUGUCCAUAGUGAGAAUUAUACAUGGAUUAUAUAUGAAUUUGCAGCAGACACGUCAGGGCAAAUAAAGGUAUCAGCUCUGAAAGUAUAUGCUUCAAAGAUAACGUGUCAAAAAUUAUUUAAGCAACAAAUGUUAUUGUUGAUGUUUGUACAGUUCAGCACGCAACAUUCUAAUGUUGGCCUUACUGUCUAUUCCUGUUUUUGUUAAGUUUUACUGUACAAAAUAUUUUUCAAUAAAUAUUGAAUUGUUUUAUAAGUAA